AUGGACCACGAGCUAGCCAGUAGGAAUAAAGUGAAUCAACUACAUGAACUUGAGAAGUUUAGGCUCCAUGCGUAUGAGAAUGCCAAGCUCUACAAAGAAAAGAUAAAAAGGUGCCAUGACAAGCACAUAGUUCCUCGUAUAUUCACUCCAGGAGAAAAAAUACUACUCUUUAACUCUAUAUUGAGGUUAUUCCCUAGAAAAUUAAGGUCUAAAUGGAGUGGUCCUUUCGAAGUGGUGAGAAUGACAAAACAUGGGGCCGUUGAAAUUAAAGGAGAAACUGGCCCUCCGUUCUUGGUAAAUGGACAAAGAGUGAAACACUACUUUGAUGAAGAUUCUGAUCGUGAUCGGGAGGCUCUUGAGCUUAACGACGAAUGA